ACCACCACACCAGCCUCUACAUUACAGACACACUCAGCCUCCUUUUGCGCAAUCAUCGGUCUUGGUCCUUUCAACAGUCGUGUCGCGUGUCGCUGAUCAUCAGCUCUUCGUUGCGACAACAACGAAGCUCGUCGAAGCUUCAAAGCAUAUCGAUACCACUCCAAGAAGUUGCGCAAAAGUCUGCAUCGCAAUGUCUUCCACGACUUCAGCUUCAGAGCCGCGGGAGCGACCUCUUCAUGAGCUCCUCUCGAGGGACAUGGUCGACAUCUACGUCGGCUCCGAAAACACCCACUGGGUCCUGCACGAAAAGCUCCUCUGCUAUCGCUCCCGAUUUUUCCGCAACAUCUUUCACAACAAGAACGGUCGCAAAAACUCGGUCUACGGCCUUCCAGACGAAGAAGAUGAACCCUUCAAGCUCUUCGUCGGCUGGCUCUACUCCGAACGCGUCCCAGCACCUCGAGAAGAAAAGGACCUGUCCCCUCUUCUAGACGUCUACCUCAUGGCCGAGAAGUGGGAAAUCAAACGCCUCCUCCACGAAGUCAUGGACGCGGUCCGCACCUUCUACAACGACACGGACUCUUGGCCCUCCCUUCGCCGCGUGCAAUACAUCUACUCUAACACCGAAGACGAAUCUCCCAUGCGGAAACUCCUCGUUUCCUGCGUCGCCCGUAUGCUCGUUACAGGCGAAGGUGUGCCGCAACACUGGGAGAAUGCUCUACAGAAGAAUGGACAGCUGGCUGUGGACAUUAUUCGAUGCGUGCAGAAAUGGCAUGUGGAUCCGGAGAAAUUGCCUGAUGCGAGGAGACAGAGUGUGGAUGAGCAUGUGGUUGCUGCGCAGGAGAAUGGGUACAAGGAGGAGAAGGAUGACGAUGAUGAUAACAAGCUUGAUUGGGGUGAUGGAUUGAGUGUGCCGAGUCGGGAUCAGAGUAGAGCUGGUGCGCAUCAGUCGCAACAGCAGACCGGUCAGAAGGGACAGCAGAAUGGUCGCCAGAACGGUGAGAAGGGACAACAGAAUGGUCAGAAGGAACAGCAGAAUGGCGACAAAAGCGAGUGAACUUUUGCUUCGAAAGCGGUGGGGGUUUGAUCAUUCGAAGAUUGUGUUUGCAUCUUGAGGUACUUAUGUAGGUGGUAAUUUUUGGGACUCAGUGGUACCAAGUACUUUCUGAUGCUUCCCAGUCUUGCUA